GAAUACAUCAACAAAGAAUGGAGGGAUUCUAUUCAAACGGUCUCUCUCCAACAACAGAAGACAGAGAAUAGAAAGUACACGGAAGUGAUAGAAGAUAACCAAGAAAUAUUAAACCUGGUAAGUCAGGGGAUGGAAGUAGUGACAGCUCUAAAAAGAUAUGAGAACGAUUCAGAAGAUAAAACUCGACGUUUAGAGAGUUUGAAUAACCUCAGAUCAAAAGGGGAAUUCGCGAGCGAAUUGUCACAACAAGAAAGAGAGGCAACUGUUCAAGCAGCUCAGAGAGCGACAGUCGAAUUGCUUCAACUGCAACUGCUAGUGUUUAGCGGGAAUCCUCGAAACUGGAGAGCAUUCUGGAAAAGCUUUAAAAGCUUUGGCGAUACAUAA